UUUUUUUUUUUCUUUCGGUUCAAACUGAUUUAACAUGGACUUUCAUCCCAAUGACAGUGACAGUAGCAGUAGUAGUGAACCAUAGAAGACAAAGAGCUCUUGUCUGAAGCAGUGUAUCAUCCUAUGAGCUACAUACCGGAAAACCAAUGCCAACAGAACAAGAGAUCACCUCCCUCUUCUUCAAGAGCACUCUCAGACAUGCUUGAAACAAGAAAAUCCAUUCAACAUCGCCUGAAUAACAUUUAUUAUAGUCACCAUCCAGUCUAUAAGGACACCAUGAAUGUAGCUGCACUUACACAGCAGCACAUGGAUCGUGCCUCGCAAGUCCAUACAAACAAUACUGCUAAUGCACCUAUGGAUCAUCACAAAAAUACGUUAAUAUCUAUGAUGUCAAAAGCAAGACAAGUCAAGUUAAAAUACAGUAUUUACGAUUGUUCUUCUUAUUCGGGAUCUUAUCACCCACAGAACAUCAUUGUAAAUCAACCUACACAACAAGCCUCUAGAUGGUCAAGUGGACUGAAUGACCAUGAACAGUUUAUUACCAUCAAAUUCGAUAAACCCGUCAUUGCUCGCAUUCUAAAGAAAGACGAAAAAAAAGGUUCUGUCAUGUUUGGUAAAUUUCAUAAAGGACAUGUUUGUAACUUGAAAGAAUUUAAGGUCUAUGGUGGCGUGGAUCCAAAAGACGAUAUGAUUGAAUUGCUACAUCAUGGUUUAAGAAAUGAUACCGAACCAGAAACAUUUUCGUUAAAGUAUCAAUACAAAAACUUGAUUCUCCCCAUUAAAUACAUCAAAAUUGUGCCAUUGUCUGCUUUUGGUGCUAAUUUCAAUUACAGUAUUUGGUAUCUUGAAGUGCGUGGCAUCAAUGAACCAGCUGUGAUCCAAAGAUACAAAGAAACAGAAACAGUCCGCUUAUGCUUAAAAUACUUUCGCCAGAGAAAUAUGAUGGAUACGUUCUACUUUAUUAAAGACAAGACAGGUGUUGAAUUAGAACACCCUCUGUUAUCUCAACUACAUCAGUAUUUAGUGGUGGAGACUGAUUUUGAAGCAGCUGAGCGAGUGUUGCAACUAGCACAUCAUGAAUGUGAAAUCUAUCGAACUUAUUCAGACAAUGCAACCUAUAAACCUAUCUGGAGACAACUCAAGCCUCAAGAAAAGCAAGCGCCUGUUCCUAUGCCGAGAGGAGGACAUCAGAUGUGUAUUGAUGUAGAUCAUCAAAUGAUUUAUAUCUUGGGCGGUUGGGAUGGAAAGGAAGAUUUGUCUGAUUUUUGGUCGUAUGAUAUUCAACAAAAUCAGUGGAAACUGCUCAGUGAAGAUACGCAAAUUCAAGGUGGCCCAGGUCCUCGUUCAUGCCAUAAAGUCUGUUUUGAUUCAACAAGCCAGUCUAUUUUUGUUUUAGGUAGAUACGUAGAGUCAUCGCAGGCAACAAAUGCAGCAGAAUCCUUGUGCUCCGAUUUUUAUCGUUAUUACGUUGCACUCGAUCAAUGGAUCAAAAUCAGCAACCAUACAGCUUGUGAAGGUGGCCCUGAACUUAUAUUUGACCACCAAAUGUGUGUGGAUCCAAGUGGUGAGACACUCUAUGUAUUUGGUGGAAGAACAGUCAAUGGAGACACGACAGUACAAAACUACAGUGGUCUUUAUGCUUACCAUAUCAAAUCAAAUCAGUGGAAGCUUGUUAGAAAUGAUGAUACCAAGCCAACUUCCAAUUCACCUUCUACCUCUCCCCAUUGUCCACAAAAUGCGCCCUUGAAAUCUCGUGUAGGCCAUUCAAUGCUUUUUGAUCAGACGAAUCGCUCCCUCUAUGUGUUUGCUGGCCAACGUGGCAAAGACUAUUUAUCUGACCUCUAUCGUUACGAUGUAGACCAAGAUAUGGUUACAGAAAUAGCUCAAGACUAUACCAAAGAUGCUGGACCCGAUGCUGGUUUUAAUCAGCGUGCAACAAUUGAUGCUGCAUUAGAAGAACUCUAUGUUCUAUCAGGCUAUAAGCGCAACACAAACUCAGAUGUUGUCAAGAAUGCAUUAUGGAAUGAAAACAAAAAGACAAGUUUAUUAGAGCCAUGCCCUCGUUAUGCUCAUCAAAUGGUGUAUGAUGCCGUGCAUCGAGUCCAGUACAUAUUUGGUGGCAAUCCUGGUGAUAAUUCAAAUCCAAGUAAACGAUUGAAUGAUUUCUGGGAACUCAGAUUGGUCAAGCCUGAUCCUUCUUCUAUCUUGAGACGGUGUUUCUAUAUGAUUCCUUGUAUGCAAAAGACACAAGAAGCCAAUGUCAACCUGGAAACAUUAAGUGUUCUAAAAUAUCUUAGAAAUCAAGUAGCACCCGUAGUAGAUUAUGAAAAUGAAAAGGAAUCAAAAGAAUUUCAUCAAAUGUGUGCCAACCUUUGUCUGUUGGAAACAAUGAUGGAUGAAGAUGAAGAAAAGGAUGUCUUUGCUUCAAACAUUGUAGAAACUGAAGACAUCUUGUUUCAGAAAGAACAAGACUGUUUGAAAAUUAUUAGACCUUUAGGGAAAUUAACAAAUGCUGUAAAACUGAUAUGAGAAUAAAGCAACCACCU